GGUCUCAUGAUUCCUUCAGCUUCUACAUCGAUGAAGCCUCUCCAGUAGGUCCUGAACAGCCAGAAACUGUCCAGAAUUUUGUCUCUGUGUUUGGAACUGUGGCCAAAAAGCUCAUGCGAAAAUGGCUAGCCACUCAAACAAUGAACUUUUCGGGUCAGCUAGGAGCUGGAAUUCGUUAUUUUGAUCUUCGAAUUUCCACCAAGCCCAGAGAUCCUGACAAUGAACUCUACUUUGCUCAUGGUUUGUUCAGUGCCAAAGUCAAUGAAGGCCUUGAGGAGAUCAAUGCAUUCCUCACAGAUCACCAUAAGGAGGUAGUAUUCUUGGACUUCAACCAUUUUUAUGGGAUGCAGAAAUAUCACCAUGAAAAACUCGUCCAGAUGCUGAAAGACAUCUAUGGAAACAAAAUGUGCCCAGCGAUUUUUGCCCAGGAAGUUAGUUUAAAGUAUCUGUGGGAGAAGGACUAUCAAGUGUUGGUAUUCUACCAUAGUCCAGUGGCUCUGGAAGUACCCUUCCUCUGGCCUGGGCAGAUGAUGCCAGCACCCUGGGCCAACACCACAGACCCAGAGAAACUGAUCCAGUUUCUUCAGGCCUCCAUCACUGAGAGAAGAAAGAAGGGUUCAUUUUUCAUAUCUCAGGUGGUACUGACCCCCAAAGCUAGCACAGUGGUCAAAGGGGUGGCAAGUGGUCUCAGAGAAACAAUCACAGAAAGGUAA